AUGGUUUUUGUUCGUGGAACAAGUCCACCAUUUAAUUUACCGCAAAACCGAGUAGAAACUCCUGUUCCAAAUGUCAUUAAUCAUCCAUCCCUCGCAUACAAUCUUCCGAUGGUUAAUGUAGGAUCCCUACUCCGUGCCUAG